CUGAUUGCUGAGUCAAUUCCAAGAUUAUAUUAUUAAAUUGAGCUAAAUUGAGCUGGAAAGCGCAGGAAAAUGUCGAUUGAAAUGGCCCACCGGAUGAGAGCGAUCAAAUGCCCCACGGACGAGCUAUCCCUGACCAACAAGGCGAUUGUGAAUGUGUCGGAUUUCACGGAGGAGGUCAAAUAUGUGGACAUCUCGACGGGACCAGGGCUGCACUUCAUCUUCGCGCUGGAGAAGAUCAGCGGGCCGGAGCUGCCACUCGGCCACGUCGGAUUCUCGCUCGUCCAGCGCAAGUGGGCCACGCUCUCCAUCAACCAGGAAAUAGACGUGCGACCCUACCGAUUCGACGCCAGCGCCGAUAUCAUAACACUGGUCUCCUUCGAGACGGACUUCCUGCAGAAGAAGACUACCACGCAGGAGCCCUACGACUCCGACGAGAUGGCCAAGGAGUUCCUCAUGCAGUUCGCCGGAAUGCCCCUGACCGUCGGUCAAACGCUCGUCUUCCAGUUCAGAGACAAGAAGUUCCUGGGCCUGGCAGUGAAAACCCUGGAGGCUGUGGAUCCCCGAACAGUGGGAGAUAGUGCACCGAAGACCCGGAACGUGCGAUUCGGUCGCAUCCUCGGCAACACGGUGGUGCAGUUCGAAAAGGCCGAGAACUCCGUGCUGAACCUGCAGGGCCGCUCCAAGGGUAAGAUCGUGCGCCAGUCCAUUAUCAAUCCGGACUGGGACUUUGGCAAGAUGGGCAUUGGUGGCCUAGAUAAGGAGUUCAACGCGAUCUUCCGACGCGCCUUCGCCUCUCGCGUUUUUCCGCCGGAAUUAGUCGAGCAACUUGGCAUCAAGCACGUGAAGGGUAUCCUGUUGUACGGACCACCAGGCACGGGCAAAACCCUGAUGGCCCGGCAAAUAGGAACCAUGCUUAAUGCCCGCGAACCCAAGAUCGUGAACGGUCCGCAGAUCCUGGACAAGUACGUGGGUGAAUCAGAGGCCAAUAUCCGGCGACUGUUCGCCGAGGCCGAGGAGGAGGAAAAGCGUUUGGGACCGAACAGUGGACUCCACAUCAUCAUCUUCGACGAAAUCGAUGCCAUUUGCAAGGCUCGUGGAUCCGUGGCCGGUAAUAGUGGAGUCCACGAUACGGUCGUCAAUCAACUGCUGGCCAAGAUCGACGGUGUAGAGCAGUUGAACAACAUUCUGGUAAUAGGAAUGACCAACAGGCGCGACAUGAUCGAUGAGGCCCUGCUGCGACCUGGCCGCUUGGAAGUUCAAAUGGAGAUAAGCUUGCCCAACGAGCAGGGACGCGUGCAGAUCCUCAACAUCCACACCAAGCGGAUGCGGGACUUCAACAAGAUAGCUGGCGAUGUGGACAACAAUGAAAUUGCGGCCAGAACAAAGAACUUCAGUGGCGCAGAGUUGGAGGGACUGGUUAGAGCUGCCCAAUCCACUGCCAUGAACCGGCUAAUCAAGGCGGAUUCCAAGGUUCACGUGGAUCCUGAGGCUAUGGAAAAACUGCGUGUUACUCGGGCCGAUUUUCUGCACGCCCUGGACAACGACAUCAAGCCCGCCUUUGGAGCAGCCCAGGAGAUGUUGGAGAAUCUGCUGGCACGCGGUAUUAUUAACUGGGGACCACCGGUCACCGAACUCCUCGAGGACGGAAUGCUGUCCGUGCAGCAGGCGAAGGCCACUGAGAGCUCUGGACUGGUGUCUGUUCUCAUCGAAGGAGCUCCAAACUCUGGUAAAUCAGCGCUGGCCGCGAAUCUGGCAAAGUUGAGCGACUUCCCGUUCGUUAAGGUCUGCUCCCCGGAGGAUAUGGUUGGAUUCACAGAGUCCGCCAAGUGCCUGCACAUCCGCAAGAUCUUCGACGACGCCUACCGCUCCACUUUGAGCUGCAUUGUGGUGGACAAUGUGGAGCGAUUGCUGGACUACGGUCCGAUCGGACCCCGGUACUCUAAUCUCACGCUGCAGGCCCUACUGGUUCUACUGAAAAAGCAGCCGCCAAAGGGCAGGAAACUGCUGAUCCUGUGCACUUCCAGCCGGCGAGAUGUUCUCGAGGAGAUGGAAAUGCUGCCGGCAUUCACGUCCGUCCUGCAUGUGUCCAAUCUAUCAACCCCUGAGCACGUCCUCGCCGUGCUGGAUGACACGGAUUUUUUCAGUCCCGAGGAGCUGCAGAGCAUUGCCAGGAAAAUGGCGGGCAAGCGAGUGUGUAUAGGCAUCAAGAAGCUGCUGGCCCUCAUCGAUAUGAUCCGGCAAUCGGAGCCCCACCAGCGGGUUAUCAAGUUCCUCAGCAAAAUGGAGGAGGAGGGCGGUCUGGACUUGGUGGCCAGAUCGCACUAGCUACCGCCCAUCGCCGAGCUGCGGCUUUCCAUUGUGGAGCUCAACGACGCCUUCUAAUUAACUUACAUUCCAUUACCAAACACCCAGGGUGGGUCGAUUUGAUUGAUGCAAUCUGGAAAGGUGGAGGCUUAACUAAAAAAAACCGCCGUACUUACAUUGUUUCGGGAAAGAAGUACACAUUUCACAAAUUUGACUUUCGAAAAGAAAAGAGAUUUACGUGAGAUAAAGUCAAAUUAAUCUUUUACAAAUUUUUUGAGUCUGACUUGCAUAGUGAGAUUGUAUAAAAUGCUAUACUUCCGAGGAACUUUGAAAUUAGUUGGAGUCAAACCUAUUAAACUGAAUCGGGGAUUCACUUAAAUAAAUAUGAAAUCAACUAAU